AUGUAUGUGCUCUACGGAUUUCGAUGGAUGGUGGUGCUACUGGGUGCAGUCGGCGUGAUGGCCGAAUACUGCGACAAUGGAACAGGCGAGUGCAAGGAGCUAAGCGGCACAGACUGUCCAGUGAUAUUCUACAACCAGCAUUUGAUUGGAGACAGCGUGAAAUUCUGCGAUGAGUUCAACGACAUUGUUUGUUGUCCCAUACCGCUGGACCACCAGAAUCUUAAACCUGUGGAGGAGGCAAGGCCGUUCGAGAAGCAGUGCAAGCAGUAUAAUGCGGCCCGAGAAGCCUGUCGCUCAACUCCAUUUAUUGUAGGCGGCACAAAGGCAUCUGGUCGGGAGUUCCCCUUUAUGGCGUUGAUUGGAAGCAAACGACUUAACAAGUCCUCUGUGAGUUGGGACUGUGGUGGCUCUCUAGUGCACCCCAAAUUUGUUCUGACUGCGGCUCAUUGCCUGGAGACAGACGAGGACAAGGCCCAACGAUUGGAUCCCAACUUCGACUCACCAAAGUUUGUGGUUCGCCUGGGUGACCUGGACUAUAACGUUACCACUGAUGAUGCCAAUGUGCAGGACUUUCGAGUUGUCAACUAUGUGGUACAUCCAGGCUAUGAUGACGAUAACGAGGAUCGCGGCUCUAAAAAUGACAUUGCAGUGAUCGAACUCGAUCGGGAGGCUGUGUUUACUGAUUACGUGGCGGCGGUUUGCCUGCCACCAAGCAGCGGGAACGAAUACCAGCAGGUGACUGCCGCUGGCUGGGGCUUCACCGAGGACGGUGUGAAGUCCACUCACCUGCUGAAGGUCAGUCUACAGCGAUUCAGCGACGACGAGUGUCAGAAACGACUGCGCUUCGGUAUUGAGACCCGCACCCAGUUCUGCGCUGGAUCAAUGACCAGCGAAAAGGAUACCUGCAAUGGAGACUCCGGCGGACCAAUCUUCGUGCAGCAUCCACUGUAUCCGUGUCUCAAGCAAUUGAUUGGCAUCGUUUCCUACGGCUUGGUGUGUGGAACUCAGGGAUUGCCAAGUGUCUACACCAAGGUUCACCUCUUUACCGACUGGAUUGAGAGCAUUGUGUGGGGCAAUUAAGAAUCCUGUUGAACAGAAGGGAGAGUUUUACUUAAGAUAUAGUUGUAGGACUAUAAUAUAAUUAAAAUAAAGCAU